AUGGGUCCGAAAAACAGCGGCAAGACUGCCCUCCAGCAGAAAAUGCCGGCCCCUUCGUCGGCCCUGCCAUCCGCCCUCCUCCGCCUCGUCUCGUCCGCUUCCCUGACCUCGCCCCAUCUCCUCCUCUUCUCGUCCCUCCCGGUCGCAGGCGUGCUUGCGCCAGUACUAUACCUCCUCGCGCUUCCUGGGUAUCUCAAGGAGCUGAGGCGUAAGCCUAUCGUUGAGGAGAGGGAGAUUACGCAGAUUAUCAGCUCGGGAGGGAAGAAGAGACGGGCAAUAGAGAAGAGGGCGGGGGUGCAGGUCAUGAAGGUCAAGAAGGACCUUUAUGUGCGUCGCGAGGGCGAAAAACAGCUGCAUCAUGAGGACCCCGUCCGGGCAGCUUCGAUAGAUUCCCUUCUUCUCGGCUCGCCCACCAGCAGCUGGAUCGCAAAUCUGCUGUCUUUGCUGGUGAAUACGCUCCUCACACUCGCCGUACUGGAUCAGACAUGGUCCAGUAGGCUGAUGAGCCAUCAAGAUCUGACAUACGCUCGGACCAGCUCGCUCACUCCUCACACCGCCGCUCUGAACUUCCGCCUCCCACCCGUCGUCCCAUACGCAAAGCAAACAUCUACUGCGGAGAUUGUGUUCCGCCCUCUUCUCUCGAAUCCUGCUAUUCCUGUCGAAUGGGAACAUUCCCAGCCUAUUGCUAUCACCGAGACGACGGACUGGACGGGUAAGGUGGAGCUGGACGGUCUUAGCUCAGGCGUGAUGUACGAGUAUAAGGUCAAGCAGGAAGACGGAUCAUACUGGCCUGAAGGCGACAUGCCCCUCAAUUUUACGACCUUCCCGGACCCUCGUCUUUCCAGGCAGAGCCACUUCAAGUUCAUACACGCUGCAGCUCCACGAGCCUUCCCACCCUCAUACUCGCCCUAUCAAAUGCUCAAACCCCUUCUCUUACCCCUUUUCCCCUCGACCGCCCCUCAAAUCGUUCCCACCCCUUCACAUAUCAAGCACCAAUGGCAAUCAUAUCACGGUCGCCAGCCCGCCUGGCGAGUACUUGGCGAUUGGUUGGCGGACAUGCGGGACCGGACGGCGUGGGCGCAGAUCCAGUUUGGGCUCAUUGGAGAUGAUAUCGAGAUGGUCGGUUCGAGGAGGGGACCUAUGGGUCUGUUGAAGGACGACAAGCGAAGGGGAAGCAGGGCGCUGCUUGCUUCGCAGGAUGUAAGGGAGGUGUACGAGACACUCCCUAUCCUCCCUUCCCGCCUGCACAGUCCUAGCGAAGGUCACAUCCUGGAACCCGCCGCCCUGUCUUUCCCGGCAUCAUCGUUCGAGUACGCCGACACUCACUUCUACCGCCUCCGCCGACCGUCCGUAGAGCGCUCAGCCCGCGAGUCACAGGACUGGCUAGCGGACAUCUCGGAUCUCGAGAGCUGGCUGCGCAAAGUCAACGGGACUACCGGUUUCAAGUUCGUGCUGAGCAGUGUCCACCUCAACCCUUUCUUCGGGGGAGCACAUCAUGAGACUGAGUGGCGCACGGCUGUCUUGGACGUACUGCAAUAUGUACCGAACAUCAUUGUCCUCUCCGAAUCACGCCAUGGCUUCACUUCCUCCCAACUCCGCAACCGUGUUCUCGAGAUCACCUCGCCAGCCCUCUCCGCCCCUGUCUAUCCAGUCUGGUGGCCCCUUGCUGCCCCUCUCCCUCCCAAACUCUCUAACGCGCGCGAAGAGGCUAUAUCCACCUGGACCAAGCUUGACGGACGAGUCGUCGAAGAGAUCGAGCUGGUCAAGGUCGAUCAAAUCCUGCGGCACAAUCCCUCCGUCGGUGGAACGCAAUGGACGAGCGUCGAGGUAGACUCAACGACCGGUGAUCGGUCCAGAUGCCAUGUCGUGUUCUGGAAGGAGGGUCAGGAGGUGGGCCGGCUCGAGGUGGUUGGCGCGUCCAAGGCGAAUAUCAGGGCUGUGGGGAGCGUAGCGGAGAGUCUGAGCAGUCUGCUGCGCCGAUUUGGCUUGACUUCGAGGAACUGGUUCUAA